AUGUGGGGAGGGCGGGCGGUCAGUCCCUACGCAAAGGCUGCUGUGGAGCGCGGUGACACGGUGGUACACAUGGCGCUCCAGGACAGCUGGCCGUGCUCCCUUGGAGUGGGGGUCGGACAGAGCGGUGCGCAGCCAGAGACCAGCCCUGGGAGGCUGAGGGAGCUGCAGAGUCCUGCCCGGGUCUGGGCAGAAUUCCACGAAGCCGGAGGAACUGCCGGGGAGCCCCAGGCCAGAAACCUCCCAGGGCCACAUGGGGUGCAGACCAGCCAGAGGGAAGGCCUCACCGACCCCGAAGUCACAGACGCUCCAGAAGGGUCAGUCUGGUUCCCGAGGAAGGUCACACCUGCCAGAACCAAGCCCAGCCUUCAGCGGGACGCUGGCACUCACACGCAUCGCGGGCUCCUCAGCAGCUGGGGCAGGCCCAGGCCCCAGGGAGGACAGGUGCUGGGAGCGGCUGCUUCAAGUGUGCUCCGCAAGCUCGAGGAUUCCCAGGAAAACGUUCGGGACCAGUCCACUGAAACAAAGGCGGUUCUUCAGUGCGACUGGCAGUGCGCUGGCCUGAUGCACAUAUUUCUCCAAAUGUGGCUCCUGGUUUCGGAGCGAUGUGUCAGUGUGCUCACAGGACACUGCCACGUCCACACGGUGUCUGACUCGUCCCCCGUGCAGAUCCAGUUCAAGGAGAAGGUGCUGUGGACAGCGAUCACCCUCUUCAUCUUCUUGGUGUGCUGCCAGAUCCCCCUGUUCGGAAUCAUGUCUUCAGAUUCGGCCGACCCUUUCUACUGGAUGAGAGUGAUUCUGGCCUCCAACAGAGGCACACUGAUGGAGCUGGGCAUCUCCCCCAUCGUCACCUCCGGCCUCAUCAUGCAGCUCCUGGCCGGCGCCAAGAUAAUCGAGGUGGGCGACACCCCGAAGGACCGAGCCCUCUUCAACGGAGCCCAGAAGUUGUUCGGCAUGAUCAUCACCAUCGGCCAGUCCAUUGUGUACGUGAUGACCGGGAUGUACGGGGACCCCUCCGAGAUGGGCGCCGGCAUCUGCCUGCUCAUCACCAUCCAGCUCUUCGUGGCUGGGGGGGGCGUCCUGCUGCUGGACGAGCUCCUGCAGAAGGGCUACGGCCUGGGCUCCGGGAUCUCCCUCUUCAUCGCCACCAACAUCUGCGAGACCAUCGUGUGGAAGGCGUUCAGCCCCACCACCGUCAACACCGGCCGUGGAAUGGAGUUUGAGGGCGCCAUCAUCGCCCUGUUCCACCUGCUGGCCACACGCACCGACAAGGUCCGAGCCCUGCGCGAGGCCUUCUACCGCCAGAACCUGCCCAACCUCAUGAACCUCAUCGCCACCGUCCUCGUCUUCGCCGUGGUCAUCUACUUCCAGGGCUUCCGGGUGGACCUGCCCAUCAAGUCGGCGCGGUACCGCGGCCAGUACAACACCUACCCCAUCAAGCUCUUCUACACCUCCAACAUCCCCAUCAUCCUGCAGUCGGCCCUGGUGUCCAACCUCUACGUCAUCUCCCAGAUGCUGUCGGCGCGCUUCAGCGGCAACCUGCUGGUCAGCCUGCUGGGCACCUGGUCUGACACCUCCUCCGGGGGCCCUGCGCGCGCUUACCCCGUCGGCGGCCUGUGCUACUACCUGUCCCCUCCCGAGUCCUUCGGCUCUGUGCUCGAGGACCCGGUUCACGCGGCCGUGUACAUUGUGUUCAUGCUGGGUUCCUGCGCCUUCUUCUCUAAGACCUGGAUCGAGGUCUCUGGGUCGUCCGCCAAAGACGUGGCCAAACAGCUGAAGGAGCAGCAGAUGGUGAUGCGGGGCCACCGCGAGACCUCCAUGGUGCACGAGCUCAACCGGUACAUCCCCACGGCCGCAGCCUUCGGGGGGCUGUGCAUUGGGGCACUCUCCGUCCUGGCCGACUUCCUGGGCGCCAUCGGCUCCGGGACCGGGAUCCUGCUCGCAGUCACCAUCAUCUACCAGUACUUCGAGAUCUUCGUCAAGGAGCAGAGCGAGGUCGGCAGCAUGGGCGCGCUUCUGUUCUAGGCCCGCCCGCCGCAGGCCGCUCCGGCCACGGGGCACCACGGCCACGCUCAGACUUGGAUGACGCCUGGAAUCCCACAUCCUCUCACCCCGUAAAGCACUCGGCGUCUUCCAAUCGAGUUUUACUUUCCAUUCUGGUGAAAGG